CUCUCUCUCUCUCUCUCUCUCUUUCUUCUCACUUUCCUCUUCUUCGUCCCCACCGCGAAUCCAAACAAUUCUGGAAAAUCGCCGAUCGAUUUCCCCCAUGACCGUAGAGCCUUGAGCGGCUGGAUUUAAUGCAUUCACGCGGCGACGGCAACAAACAAUGUUUUCCAUUCCUUUGCCGCCUCACUCGAUCUCGCUGCUACUUCCUCUCGAAAUCAGCAUAGAUUCUACCAGUUAUGAUCGAAUAUAUUCGAAUUAGUGUUGCUCCUCCGUUGAUCUUUUGGUUCAUCUUCUACUAUCAAAUCCCAAUAAUCCUCUUUUUGUUUUUUUAAUUGGCCGGUUGAGCGAAUUAAGUUAUAUGGGCCGAGACCAAAACACAAUGGGCCUAUAACGAAUUACAAGAAGCCCAAUAUUUACUCCAAAGUUUGAUCCGGUACGGGCAACACAAGACUCGAUCUCGGAGCUGAACAAAUUUUGCAGAAGCUAUGGCACUUCGAUCGAUCAGCAGGAGGUUUGGGAGCAGAGUCUUGAGUUACCGUUCCUCCUCUGUUGCUUCCCUUCAUUCUCACGCCACAAGUUUCGGGUUUCAACAAGUGAAGGAAGAAGAGAAAAGCAAGUUGGUUGGUAACGUUUUCUCCAAUGUAGCUUCCAGUUACGAUAUCAUGAAUGAUGUCAUGAGCGGUGGCUUGCAUAGGCUUUGGAAGGAAAGACUCGUUGGGAAGCUGAGUCCAUUUGCAGGGAUGAAGCAUCUUGAUGUUGCCGGUGGAACGGGUGAUGUUGCGUUUAGGAUCUUUGACGCUGUUAACAGUGUCAAACGAAGAGCAUUGCGGAAAGUUGAUGAGGAUUCACUUGAAGAAACUCAGAUAUACGUAUGUGAUAUUAAUCCCAACAUGUUAAACGUUGGGAAACAACGUGCUGCUGAGAGAGGGUUAGGAGAUAACAAGUCACUCGUAUGGGUCGAAGGAGAUGCAGAGGCCUUGAGUUUCGAUGACAAUUCAAUGGAUGGAUACACUAUUGCAUUUGGAAUAAGGAAUGUCACACACAUCGAAAAGGCUCUCGCAGAGGCUUAUAGGGUACUAAAACGGGGCGGAAGAUUCUUGUGCCUUGAGCUCAGCCAUGUAGACAUUCCGGUCUUCAAAGAUGUAUACGAUUUGUAUUCAUUCAAGGUCAUUCCAAACUUAGGGGAACUAAUAGCCGGUGACCGAGAAUCUUACCAAUACUUGGUUGAGAGUAUUCGUCGGUUUCCUCCUCAGGAGAAAUUUGCAACGAUGAUAGCAGACGCAGGAUUCGAGAAGGUGGAGUACGAGAACCUUGUUGGUGGCGUUGUCGCCAUUCACUCUGCCAUUAAGCUCUGAUCUCUCUCUCUCUUUCUUUUUUACUUGUGCAUUUUAUCUGCCUUCCCAAACUGUAAAAGUUCAAACGUGAAAAAUAAAGCUCUGUCCAAGAGUGAAUUUGCUUCUUAAUUGUUAAAUUGUUCAAAUUA